CAACCUCUGCGUCCUCUCCAACUCCUUGAGAGAAACGGCACCGCCAAGUCAAUGCAAGCAAGCUGCAUCUCUUCUCUCUCAGUUCAGCUUCAGCAUGAGAACUCAACUUCCACCACCAUUCACCCUAGCGCGCUCUAUAUAUAUAUAAACAUGCAUUCUACUCUCCCAUCAUCCAUAUUACAACAAUACACACACACAAAAAAAUAUUCAUCACAAAUCCAUAAUUCACAAACUUACGUACCCAACGAUGGCUUCCACCAACACAUGUCACGGCCUUCUCCAGUUCAUUGUAGCAGCAACCUCUUCCAUCAUGUUAAUGUCUUCACUCUGCCACCACUCCCAUGCUCAGAACUCGGCGCAGGACUACGUGAACGCCCACAAUGCUGCUCGAGCCCAGGUCGGGGUGGCCAACAUCACGUGGGACGCGACGGUGGCUGCAUACGCCCAAAACUACGCCAACGCCAGGAUAUCAGACUGCAGCUUGGUCAAAUCGGGAGGUGCCUACGGGGAGAACCUAGCGAAAGGAAGCAGCUCCGUCUUCACCGGGACCGCCGCCGUGAACCUCUGGGCGGCGGAGAAACCCUACUACGACUACGCGUCGAACGCGUGCGUGGGAGGGCAGCAGUGUUUGGAUUACACUCAGGUGGUGUGGGCGAGCUCGGUGAAGUUAGGGUGCGCCAGGGUUCAGUGCAACAACGGCUGGUGGUUCGUCACUUGCAACUACGAUCCCAAGGGCAACGUCCCUGCCCAGCGCCCUUACUGAAGGAAUGCCUCAUAAUAGUGUUACAUAUGUUUAAUCAUCCCCACCCAACCCAUAAGCUAUAAUAUAUAUAUAUAUAUGUAGGGCACGUGCAACCCAAAUAAUAAUAAUACUAAUAAUGCAUGUUAUAAACG